AAUUUUAAUCGUAAAAUGAAUUAUUGUACAACGAACUUAUUAGCCAGAUAAACAUGACGAAUAAAUGGCUACACGUUGGUCUUAUACAUCAUUUAUUGUUAUAAUGAAAUUGUACCCAUUUCUGAACAAUAUUACGUCACUUGAAUCAAUUAAGGAAACUCUGAAGAAAUCGAAUGAAGCGUAUAAAGCGAUAGUGGCAAACGAAUAUGUAUCGGCGUAAUCUCAUUUUCCUUGUAAAUGUUGAUAUAAAGCUACGGAGAUGAGAUCAGUCGUCGAAAAGCCAUGAAAGUGUCCCAAUAACUGUGUUCCUAGAAAAUACGUAAAUCAUACUGACAAGUGCAAAUCUCAGACAAGUAGUUUAAUUGCUCGAGUAAACGAACUCGAUCGUUGAUAGCGACCGCACGCGAAUAUUUUAAAAUAAUCAAGAAACAUAACUUAUGCUUUUACAAUACUUUUUAAUGCCAUUUCUGUUGGUGUUGUGAACGAUUUUUUAAGUAAACGUGAGAUUCGAAUUCGUGGGUGUAACGAUUCAAAGAAAAAAAAAAACAUGCUAGCGUUACUGGAAGGAAUGUUAUUACUGUUGGUAUACGAAGCAUAUGGCCAUCGUCAACAAUUUAGUAUUGCUAUGACGAAACUGAAUCCAUCCGAGGGGGUAGAUCGAGAUUCUGAUAGAUCUCCGAUUUGCGAGCAUCCAACUUUCUGCGAAUUUAUCCCGAAUUAUCCAUCAGAACUAGUAAGAAGUGCGUUACAGAAUAAUCCUUACAUUCGAUUCUAUACGAACGGCGACGAGCUAGAUACACCUUCGCGCCCGGAAGACGAGCCAGAAGAACAACCGCUUUGCGUGUCUUCGGAGCAAAUUGUAUUUCCUAAGAUUGCUCUGACUAAAGACAAGGAUUGGAAAUAUAUUAUAAACCACGAAAACUGGACGCAAAGUGUACGCGUCGAAACAUGUAUCGACGAAGACAAGCCAUGCAGGAUGAUCGAGGGCUUCGCCGAAGGCUACGUUACGAAGUGCAGGCAAAAGUACCUUCACCGUCAACUUUGGGCAGUAGCCGAAAAUGGUUCGAUAAGUCGUGAAACCUUUCGAUUUCCAGCCAGUUGUUGCUGUCACAUCGAAUUUCAAGGCGUCAAAUUUUUGAAGGCGUACAGACAUUAACCGAAUCAUUGAAUAGCGUACUGUUAAAUGUAAAUAAUUACGGAUUGUUUAAAUAUCGAGUAUAGAUUUUAAGCUACAUUCGGAAAUGCGAACGCACUGGUAUUUUGAAGGCGGAACAAUGUGUCCUCAGAAAUGAAUUCAUUGUAAGAAAUUUGUUAACUUGUUUACUUUAGAUCACGUGAUCAGAACAAUGUAAUUGUCAAACAAUUUUUUUCUUAUUGUUUAAAAUACAUAAAUAGAUACGAGGUGUGUACGAUUCUAUUAAAUUGAACACCUGACGUUCGCUUCAACCGUUAUGAUGCUUAUAGAAAUUUGUGUUUAAUGAGCGUUUAUCUUCUUAUAUCGACAAUUACUUUUUAUUGUAUUCUACUUUCAACUUAGUGGUAGCUCACCGAGGUCGUUACAAUUUUCACUGAAAUAUUUAUUUGUAUCUACAGUAGACAUCGUGUUAAUGCUGUGCCUUUCACAUGCUGUGCCUUCUUAUUCUUCUUCGAUUCAUGUUUUGAUUUGUACUGCUUUAUCGCUAUAUAACGAUUUCUCUCGCUUCAAAUCAAUUCAUCCUCUAAUAAUUUAUGUAUACACUUUCAUUCAAAAAUUUGGAGCAUUCUUCUAUUAGAAAAUAAAUGGAUCAAACAACGUGGUUCAUAAAAGAAAUUUUCAGUAAAAUUAUUUUAUUGAAAAUUUAAAUUGUAAGCAUGUUUAAUUUAAUAAAAUUCUUUUAGGAUUGAUUAGUAUUGAACUAGCUAAAAUUUGAUCAAUUUUGUUAGAAGAAUAAUUCCUCGUUAUGUCUAAGUUGAAGCUAAUGACGACAGAAAUGACCAUCGUAAGAGGAUAUAGUACAAUAGGAAAAUUAUACAUGGGGGUAGUCAGGAAACGAUCAAAUUCAUGAGAACGUAUUAUACCUACAAUACGUUGUACUGUUCGGUAUAAUCAUCUC